CUAUUCAUUUCCUUUCCCCGACAGUAUUUCAAAUGCUUUCGGAGGCUUGUCCACGAUUUCCUUUCUUUCUUUGUAUACCGACCCUUGCCAGAAGGGCUUUGUCGCAGUACAGUAUGCGUCGUUCUCACCGUUGAGAUUCUAUAAAGUGGGAGGCCUUCCUCCGACUCCGGUGAAUCUACCCCACUCACAUCGCCUACCCCACAACGCGUCCUCGCAACCCCACAUCCAACCUUCAGCCCACCACCUCGCUUCGCAAUCAUGGUCGCCCACCAAUACAAGCUCUACGGCAUGUCCGUCUCAACCUGCACCCAAAAAGUCGUCUUUGCGCUCAAAGCAAAGAACCUCAACUUUGAGUUCAUCAACAUCAACGUCCUGAAGCGGGAGCAAAAACUCCCCGAACAUAUCGCCCGCCACCCUUUCGGCAAGAUCCCUGUCCUCGAAGACGAGACUGGGUUCAUGAUCUUUGAAUCCCUUGCGAUCGUCCGAUACCUCGAUGCGGAGUACCCCACCAUCGGGACCAAGCUCGUGCCCACCGACCCCAAGAAAGCCGCGGUGGUGGACCAAUGGACGUACCAAUCCUCGUUCAACUUCUACCCGCACAUCCAAGGCGUGAUCGUCGAAACGGCCAUCAAACCCGUCGCAAAGCUGCCCACCGACGAGGCCAAACUCGCGGCGUCGCGCGCACUGCUCGAACCCACGCUGGACAUCUACGAGCGCCAUUUUGCGACCCGCACCUUUUUUGCGAAUGACGAGUUUUCGUUGGCGGAUGUCGCGCAUCUGCCCUACUUCAAUGUGAUCAAUCGCACGCAGCCGGAUUUGAUCAAGACCAGGCCAAAUGUCGCCGCUUGGUUCAAGAGGUCCACGGAGAUGGACACCUGGAAGGCGGUUAUGGAGUGGGUGCAGGCGGCGCCCAAGUCCCACUGAGAUGUCGAAUGUGAGCAGGUCCGUGGCGUAGUACAUACAUAGUAUUCCCCUGUAGAUAUCUCUUCCCCCAUUUUCUUCUAUACACGCUUGUAUUUACAUACAUAUGUAUGCAAUCUUGACGAUAACCCAGCCACUUCUUCCCAUUCUUUGAAACUUUUCGGGUGCAGACUUGAUGAGCUGAUACAAUCGGAAUUAUGUUGAGAGGUAGCGAAGACACUCGCAGCCGAGUGUU